CCACCGGCACUUCCGCCUUCACAGACUCUUCAGAGGAGCACUGCGCGCCGCGCUCGUCUCAUCAUGAUCACCAAAUCACACUUGUUCUGCUUUAACCUCUUUUUUAUGUUCACGUGUUCGUCUUCGCAAUAUGUUCCUCCGUACACAGAAGAGUGCAGAAGUGGCAUGUAUCCGCCAAACGGCCCGACAUUUAAAGGAGAUGUGUCCUGGUAUACUGUUAAUCUGGAUUUACCACCAAGCAAACGGUGGACAGAUAUCAUUACAGACAAAAAGAACGACAUGAAGAGCAUGAUUCAAGCCAUCAGAGAUCUAGCAGAUGCCUUUGUUCCCAGCGGAAAGCUCAUUGAUCUGGUAGACAAGGAUUUGCCCUUGAUGGUGGACACCCUGCCUUACCCGUUCAAUGAGGAGAUCAGAGGAAUAGCAUCGGUGUCUGGUGUUCCUUUGGGCGAGGUGGUGCUCUUCAACAUAUUUUACGAGGUGUUCACCGUAUGCACUUCUCUUGUGGCGCAGGAUGCCAAUGGCAAUCUCAUCCAUGCAAGGAACCUGGACUUUGGACUUUUCAUGGGCUGGGAUUUGAAGAACAGAUCAUGGAUAAUCACAGAGAAGCUGAAGCCACUUGUUGUCAACAUUGACUUCAGGCGCAACAACCAGACCGUCUUUAAAUCCACUAAUUUUGCCGGAUACGUUGGCAUGCUGACCGGUAUUCAUCCGCGCUCCUUCACCCUCACUAUGAAUGAACGAUUCAGUCUGGAUGGAGGCUACAUCGGGAUUCUGGAGUGGAUCUUGGGGAAGAGAGACGGCAUGUGGAUGAGUUUUCUGACCCGUUCUGUGCUGGAGAAUGCUACCAGCUAUGAAAGUGCCAAGGCUCUGUUGUCUGACACUAAGCUGCUGGCUCCAGCGUACUUCAUCCUCGGAGGAAACCAGCCGGGCCAAGCCUGCAUCAUCACCAGAUCCAGGACACACAGCAUCAAUCCACUGGAGCUGGAUGUGAAGAAUGGCAGGUGGUAUGUGUUGGAGACUAACUAUGACCACUGGAAAGAGCCUCUGUUUCUGGAUGACCGCAGAACCCCUGCUAUGAAAUGCAUGAAUCAGACCACGCAGGCUGAUAUCUCCAUAAAGACAGUCUAUGAUGUCCUGUCAACCAAGCCAGUGUUAAACAAACUGACCACAUACACUACUCUUAUGGAGGUGUCUAAGGGAACUCUAGAGUCCUACAUCCGUGACUGUCCUAACCCCUGCAUGCCGUGGUGAGGGACUCCAUCUGGACAGGCUGCAUUACUGGGACUACGUUUAAGGCAAAGAAGAAUCAAAUUCAGAUUUUAGCUCCACUAAAAAUUCUAAAAGAUUUUUAUGUCUGCUUUUGUAGGCAAUAUUGGAUUUAAUCAAGCUUAACCUGUCAGUCAGGUCCAGUAUGGCAGCCUACUUAACGCUCGUCUAAAGAUGCUUAUGGAAACAAAACAAUAAUUGCACUGAGAGUUGAUAUGUAUGAACGAUUGUACUUGAUUUUUUCCAUCAAUUUUUUGUGAAUGUGAUUGAUAUUUUUGUAACUACAAAUUAAUAUACAGAAAUAUGCACAGUGGACCAACUUGAUAAUCAACACUACUAGUGCCUCGUAACUUUAUUUAACCUCUUUAUCGCUGUUAACUAACAAAUUCAUGAGGAAUGGGAAUGUACAUAAAGCAAUAAAGUUUGCACAAACAACAAUAAAUCAUGGAGAUACAAUA